AUGACAGCGGGGAGUGCCCAGCUCAAUCUUAUCGCGCCCACUCUGACUCACAGAAGCCUGCUGCCUCCUGGCCUCGCUCCCCUAGAAGAGCUCCUGAGAUACCCAGGAUUGUUUUCGGAACAGAAAUUCGUGCCAGUGGAAUUGCUGAGUCAAACAGUCUGCAAAAUUCGGUGGAUAAAAAUCGCUUUUAAGCCUCAUAGUCCGCCUCAGGGGCCGGGCGGCAGGGAAGGAAACUUGUGUCGCAGCAAAGAAGGAGGAGGAGGAGGGGCGGGACUCCAGUCGGAUCGCAGCCGGACGAGGCGACAGAGGCUGGGCCCGGGCUCGGCGGGCCCCCCAGCCGCUGUGCGGGGCGCCUCGGAGGCGGUGACCCACCCCGCUCAGGGAGGUCUGGCCGCUAGCCGCGAGCCGCAGCCGGGCGGUUGCCAAGGGCCUACCCCGGCUGCUGGGUUAGUUGCUACGGCCUCCAUCUUGAGGCCGGUGGCCGCGGCGCCCCCGGAAGGGGUUGCCGAACAGGGCAUUCACUUCCGGUCUGGGGCCUGCGGCGGCGGCGGUGGCGGCGGCGGCGGCGGCGGCGGCGGCGGCAGCGGGUCGGUGUAGAAAAUGGCGCUGGUGCAGCGGCUCGGGCCUCUCCCCGCGGCGCUGCGGAGGGUUUGAGGCUCGCGAGCCUCACUCGCCGCGCCCCACUUGCUCGUGCACUUUACACACAUGAG